AUCAGUCUAAGAGAUAAAAACACGCUGCAAAUAACAUACUCUCAUAUUGUUUACAUUUAGCAGACGACACGACUCCUUUUUUUGUUACACAUUCUAAAAGAUGUGCUGAAUGAUCGUCAGAAAAAACAAAGAGUGUGUGUGAAUGUUCGUGCGUGCCUGGAAGAGGCGAUGUGUGUACAUCUCAAUGAGGGUCAAGGGGUUACGCAAGGGUCGUAACUGCGUCAUCGCCGCUUUGGUCAUUUGUCUUCUUUGCCUGGUUCUGCGCUUGCUGGACUACUGCUGCAAUGGAUUACCAGUAGGAUCCUCUGACUGUGUUGUUUACUGUUGGUCGGAUAGCCACAUCGAUGCAGGUAGCUUUGACCCAACGUGACCUCGACUACUUCGCCAAGAACAUCCAGCUUAACUUCACUGUCCUGGAGAACUCCUUCUUCAAAAAGAAGCUCUUCGAGGCGGAAAUUCUCUUAACCAACAAGGGAGUUAAACCGUUUCCGCCUUACGGAUGGGAGAUAAUCUUUUCUCAGCCGGCACUAGUCGAGCCCAACUCGUACCCGUAUCCCGGUGGGGUGGAAAAACCGAACUAUGGGGUUCGAUUUCACUUCCUGAUGGGCAAUGUGUACAAGAUGUCGCCCCUGAAAGGCUUCGGCACCAUCAGACCUGGGAAAAGCAAGUUUAUCCGGUACAUCAACGAACAUUCCAACGUGGCAGUGACAGAUGUCCACCCUAAUUGGUACUUUGUCAGUCCUGACCUGGAGCCCAGGAUCAUUGAGAACACCAGAGGGGAUUCUUUGGACUUUGUGACGCCCUAUAAGACCCCCGCGAUGUGGAAGAGGAACACCAACACGGAGGAUCCCGACUUUGACAUCAUGAACCCCUUCUCCGCCGCCAAGAGGUACAGGGUGCACAAAGUGGAGGAUCUGGGCGCCGCACAGCAUUUGGUGAUACCCACGCCACUGAGCAUCCAGACAUACAACAAACAGUCGGCGGUGAAUGUGCUGACCAACAGCUGGGUCAUCUUUGCUGCCCCACGUCUGGCCAAUGAGGGCAAAUUUCUGAGCGAUAUAUGGGGCAUGACCAUGGUUCUGAAAGCCCAGGACAGCCAUUACAUUCAAUUCUUGGAGGAGAAGGUUGAGUUGUCUCUCGCAGGGCGAGCCUUGCCUAUUGAGGAAAAUUACGAACUUAGAGUAACUCCCACCAACAAUAUCAUCACAAUAAAGGCGUCGCACCCUGCAGGCGCCUUUUACGCCAUACAGACCCUACUUAGUCUGAUAGACAAAGAUGGCAGUAUACCAGAAACUGUGAUAUCAGACGGACCCAGAUAUAAAUAUAGAGGAGUUCUGAUCGAUGUAGCCAGAAAUUUUCACAGCAAAGAAAAAAUUUUCAGAUAUCUUGAUGUGAUGGCGAUGUAUAAACUCAAUAAGCUCCACUUCCACUUAACUGAUGAUGAGGGAUGGAGGUUGGCCAUACCUGGACUAGAAGAAUUGACAGAGAUUGGAGCAUCACGGUGUCAUGAUCCUACAGAAACUAAAUGUCUCCUGCCAUUCUUGGGCUCAGGACCGUUCUCAGGACCCCCGGGUACUGGUUUUUAUACAGUAGAGGACUACAGAGAUAUUUUGAGAUACGCCGCUGCACGACACAUUGAGGUGAUACCAGAGAUAGAUUUGCCCGGACACAGCCACGCUGCCAUCAAAUCCAUGCUGGCAAGGUUUAAGAAAAUGGAGAUGUUAAAUGUCACCGAGGCUACCAGGUAUCUACUUAACGAUCUACAGGACCAGUCUGAUUACCUGUCUGUCCAGUCAUUCGCUGAUGACGCUAUGAACCCAUGUCUUAGGUCAACAUACACCUUCAUCAGCCGGGUCAUCAACGCUUUAUAUGCCAUGCACAGAGACAUAAGUCCUCUUAGAAUGUUUCACUUUGGUGGGGAUGAGGUACCAGCCGGAACUUGGCAGAAGUCGCCAGUCUGCGAGAGGCUGAAGCUAAGCGGAGUGACAACUGACCUCAAGACCUACAUGGUCACACAAAUAGCCAACAUGACCUCGCUCUACAACCUUGACCUCGCUGCCUGGGAAGACGGGAUUACGUUUGAGGGAAAGCCAAUGAAGAGAGAUAACUUCCCUAACAAAAAUAUCUACGUCUACGCCUGGAAUAACGUUUGGGAAUGGGGGACUCACAAACACGCCUACGAGUUUGCAAAUAGUGGAUAUAAGGUCAUAUUGACGCCAGCUACCAACUUGUAUUUCGACCACCCCUACGAACCCGAUCCCAUGGAGAGUGGGCUGUACUGGGCCACCAGGUACUCGGACACCAAGAAAGUGUUCGUCACUCUGCCAGAGAAUCUCUACAUGAAUGCAGACACUUACAGAAGCGGGCGAGAGAUCAACAUUUGCGAAGGGGGGAAUACAGAAGAGGACUGCCCCCGUUUGGAGAAGCCAGAUAAUAUCGAAGGUAUCCAAGGAAGUUUGUUUGGCGAACUGCUCAGGUCUCAGGCCAUCACUGACUACAUGCUUUUGCCCAAAAUGUUGGCGCUAGCAGAAAGGGCGUGGCAUGAAGCCUACUGGGAGAAAGAGACAGAUAAGGUCAAGCUGCAGGAAGGAAUGAACGAAGACUGGACGAAGUUCGCCAACACACUGGGUCAUAAAGAGCUGGCCAGGCUGGACAGACUCGGCUACAAAUACAGGAUACCACCACCAGGGGCAAUUGUGGAUGGAAAAGUCCUGAAGACGACUGUGGAAUUUCCAGGGUUAGGGGUGGAAUUCUCAGAUAAUGGAGGAGAAACAUGGCGAUGGGUUAUUUCAGGUGAAACAGAAGUGGAAAAUGGAAAAAAUUUGAUUUUAAGAACUCGGUCGCCGUUUGGAACCAGGUACAGCCGACAGAUAACUCUGUUUGAAGACUACAACCAGGCCUCCCCUUCUUCGCUGGCGUCUCUUAUGUAUGUCGCCAUGGGCGUUAACUUUACAUUACUUGCUAAUUUCUUGAACGGCGUCUACUAGAGCAGAUGAUUGUCCGAGAUGGUGACACCUAUGCAAACGUCUGAGCGUGCGGAGGAAUAGUUUGAGUGUGUGUAUGAUUUCAUUGCCUUAGUGUGUGUGUGUGUGUGUGUGUGCAGUUGACUGAUUGCAUGCUUUUAAACCAUUUUUAUUAAACUUUUUUGUAAUAUGUGAUAAUGAUACCCAAAAACAAAACAAAAAAAAAAUAAUAAUAAAAGUAUAAUAAUAAUAUUAAUUUUCUUUUUAAAAGUGCUGUGAACAUCACAAUGUAGGCUCAAUGCGCGACAAUAACUUGACGGGCAAGAGUUAAAAUGACAAACUAAUCUCUAAAAGUUGUGAACAGAUAGGUCUUAAAGUUCUUCUUCAAUGUAGUGAAGCAUUUUGUCUGAGAUCAAUGGAGAGCUCGUUCCAAAACCUUUGGUCAUGCACUGAAAAAGCAUGCUAACCACAACUUUUGAGGGAGAAACGUGGCACCACUAGAAGCGCUAGGGUCUAUGGAGCGCAGAGUUUUCUGAGGGACAUAUGAAGUGACCAGUUCGCAAAGGUACAAGGGCAUUUUUUUUAAUGAAGUGACCAGUUCGCAAAGGUACAAGGGCAUUUCUUUAUUGUAGAUGCACUGAUAACAAAGCGUGACCAUCCCGUAUUAUACCGUUGUAUUAACUGUAGCUCUCAAUUCAAAUAUUCGGGGAUGAGACAUAUCAUGUUAUUGGUUUAUAAUAUGCGCAUGAGUUUUGUUAUGUAUAUCAUUCAAUGUUUAACAUCUAGAAAACAUGUUUUUUCUAAGUCAUUUAAGUUAUAGUCACUUAUUAUUUUGAGUGCAUUCACCAAUUAACGUUGUUUUACAGUAUUUGUGCCAAUGAUCUCAAAGAAUGUUGAAACCCAAUAAACUUGAUGCCGAAUAA